AAACGUUUUUUUAGUCUAACGGCACAUUUUUAACUUGCAAAGCGCACUAAUCAAAAGUUUACUUUGUAAUCACUAUUUGGUGGUCAUGGAUACUAAGAAAAUACAGAAUGAUACAAACACAUUUUUUGGCCGAUUUUCGCAGAUUGUUGAAGAGGCAUUUGGUACUACUGAACGAACAACUUACAGUCCUGAUCUAGCUGAAUUGAUGAAAGAAGGUGAAAAACGGAGAAACUGGGCAGUGAGCAUUUUGGAACAACUUGAAAAUGUGAUUCAACCGAAUCCAGCCCUACGAAUUGAAGAUCUUAUACUUAGAGGAAUGAAUAGGGAGAAAGUUCGCCUGAGUGCUAAUGAACAGUUAGGUGAAAGUAUGGAUCGUAUUAGUAGCCUAAUUAAUAAAAACUCACAAUAUGGUUCAUCGGGUGAUGCACUUAAGAAAUGUGCAAUGGCUCAAAUGGAAAUUGGACAAUCUGAAAGAAAAUUGCAAGAAACUGUCACUUCAGAAUACAUUAAAUGGUUACGCUCUUACAUAGCGUCUGAAGCCAAAUUAGCAAAACAAGAACGAGAAAAAUUGGAAAAUGCUCGAUUAGAUUUAGAUCGUAUUAAAACAUCAAAGAAACGUGCAAAAGAUAACAAACAACAUACAUUUGAUCAAUCGUUGAAAGAUGCCGAAUCAGCAUUCAAUAUUCAGUGUGAAACCACUAGACGUUGUUUACAAGAAAGCAUAGACAAAUUUGACUCACAAAAAGAAGAGUUGAAAAAACUUUUAAAAGCUCAAUCGGAACACUUUAGAGUGUGUUCAGAUGCUGUGGAAACGGCAUUACGUGGGAUCUAGAAAAAAAAUCCGGAAACUCAGACUGAUUCAAAAAGAAGAAUGAAGAAACGAGGGUCCUUCUUUAAUAAUCAUAUUAAUAGUAAUAAAACGAAUGGAUUUCUGAUAAUGUUCCUCAACAUUUACAUCAUUUUAUCAUUUCGUAUUUACAAAUUACUUAUAUUUCUACUUAAAUAUCUGUGAUACAUUUAGAAUUUUUUUGAAUGUCACUUUUUCAUACAAUUUUUUUCUUUAACAAUUACUUGUAUUGUUUCAUAACGAUUUCACACGUAUAAAAGGAAACAAAUGCAGAACAAAUGUUGAUUUCUUCCGCGUCUUAUUGUUAUACAUUGUUUUGCAGGAGAAAAUCAUUUAUUUUUAUAACAAAUAACAUCUCGUGAAAUUCUACUUCAACGGUUGUUUCCUUCCGUG